UGACGUCACAGGCAAGCGCCGAACUCCAGUUUCCAAAGUUUUUAUGAGGAGCUAAGGAUAGCUGAUGGACAUAAAAGUGAGUUUCUGUCGUAUUUGUCCCCAAGUUAACCGAUGGAUGACAUCAACGUACUCCACCACAGAUGCCUCCUGAAUCUGAGGCGUCGAAUCCGAGGUAUCGGGGAUGGGCGCCCUGCACAGGAACGCUACAUGAGGAUACAGAAGGAUGGAGAGACACUCAGUUACCAAGGGAACUCUGAGGAGGUGGGUUGCUAUGUGGCUGGCCAUCCUUUAUCAAAGGGAAAUUGCUAUUUUGAGGUGACAUUAGUGGACACAGGGGUGAGGGGGACCAUCGCUGUGGGCCUGGUGCCUAAAUUCUACAGACUGGACCACCAGCCUGGCUGGCUGCCAUACUCUGUAGCUUACCACGCUGACAACGGCAAGUUAUACAAUGGAAACCCUGUCGGUCAGCAGUUUGGGCCAAAGUGUGCUCGUGGUGACCGCAUCGGCUGUGGAAUACACUCAGAGAACAUUGAAGCAGGUUUUACAACAGUCUUUUUCACCAAAAACGGCAAAGAGGUGGGUUCAGUGGAGGUUCCCGUGUCUGCGGAGGGGCUGUUCCCCGCCGUAGGGAUGCACUCCAUGGGGGAGGAGGUGAAGGUUGACCUGCAGGCGGAGUGGUUCCUGGAGGUAGACGAUAGUAUGAUGAUGGUGGACAGCCAUGAAGAUGACUGGGGGCGGCUUUUCGAUGUCAGGGUUAGCGGCACGCUCUUGGAGUAUGUUGGCAAGGGAAAGAGCAUCAUGGACGUGGGUUUGGCUCAGGCCCGCCAGCCACUCACCACCCGCUGCCACUACUACGAAGUGGAGAUUGUUGAUGCUGGAGAGAAGUGUUACAUUGCCCUGGGCCUGGCGAAAAAGGACUAUCCCAGGAACAGACACCCGGGAUGGAGCCGAGGGUCGGUGGCGUACCAUGCCGACGACGGCAAGGUCUUCCACGGCAGCGGGGUCGGAGACGCUUUCGGUCCUCGCUGCUUGAAAGGCGACAUUAUGGGCUGCGGCAUCAUGUUCCCACGAGACUACAUCCUGGACGAAGAAGGUGACGUGGACGACUGGGAUCGGCUGGAGGUCCGUCAGGGUCGGGAAGGAGUCCAGAACGUUCUGUACCUCGACGACGAAGAGGAGGAAGAGGAAGACGGGGAAGAGGGCGAGCAGGAGGCCAGGAAGGUCACGGUGUUCUUCACCAGGAACGGGAAGCUGAUGGGCCGCAGGGAGAUGAGGGUCCCUCCCGGGGGUCUGUUCCCCACCGUGGGGAUGCUGAGCAGCGGGGAGAAGGUGAAGGUGGACCUGCACCCCCUCAGCGGCUGAGCGGACCCCCACUGUGAGCUCUGCUAACAGCUGGCUGCCCUGCAGAGCUCACACCUAGCCUAGCAUGCUGCGAACACUUCAAACACACCGGCGCUGUCUCUGCUUUUAUUUAUAAGACCUGUACAUUGUCUCAUCAAAGAAUCACAACCGGAUCACACACCUGAUUGUACAGUAGCAGAGAAGUCAAACAUAAGCUGUGUAGGUUACAGCAUGCUGCACCUAAAAGAAAAUAUAUAUAUUUAACGGUUUAUUCAAUGCAAUCUGUACGGCUAUCACCUUCACAUCUAACCUCCCUCUGCAUGCAGUGUGUCCAACACUGAGCUGUUAAACCCCCUCUCAUGAGCUCUGUUUAUUUCAUUUGUCACGACCCAAAGCUAAGCAGAGCAGGGAAUACACUCUCCCCUCUCUGUCUCUCCCCCUUCUCUCUGUCUCUCCUCCUCCCCCUCUCUCUCUCUCUCCUCCUCCCUCUCUCUGGGUGAGGCUGCCCUCCUGUGAGCGUUCAGGGACCUGCUGCCUCCCGGAGCUUCGCUGGAAGUGAAACCGAGGAUCUGUUGCAAUAUUUCACAAAUGCAUCCACGCUUAUUGUAUACGAGCAGGUUUGGCCAUCACAACCUCACAUUCAGAUGCUGUUAACUGUUUCUAAUCGGAGAAGGACUACACUUAAACAAACAUGUCAGGUAUGUUUUCUACAGGGGCAUCUGCAGAAUACACAUUUAAAAUCUUUAACGUAAAAAGUUCAGGGAAUGUGUUUUGUUGUUGCACUUUGGGGAGUCAUACAAGAAUACAGGGAGUGGACCAAACUGAAACGACCCUUGCAGUGUGAUGCAACCCCUCAAUCAUCAGCCAUACAAUAUAUCCACAGCUUAAUUUAUAAUCAUUAAAUGUAAUCAGCUCUGGCUGCUGUGUUGGAUUGCAUCACACAGUAAUGUGUUACUUUGGGUUUUAACAUAGUCCUCAGUGCAUGCAAAGGGUUAUUUCCUGUCUCACUUUUCCUCUCCUGUUUUUCUAACCAUAAAGUUAUACUAAUAUAUCACCGUUAAGUUUACAAGAAGAGAUCCUCCCAAAUGAAUUCCUUGCUUUAGUAGUCAGAGGAUGAUUUCUGUGAUAACAUUAUGUGAUGAAGAGUUAACUCAAGGAUGAAGAUGAUUUGUGGUUGCUGCAUGUUUGUGUUUGUGUGUCUGCACAUCAUCAUCAUCAUCAUCAUCAUCAGCAGCAGCAGAGGUUUGCAUCACAAAGACGGAUCAGAUCAGAGACUCUGGUUUUAUGCUGACUCACUUCAAGCUGUGUUGGAUCACUAUGGUAACCAUGCAAAAGCAUAGGGCUGCAACAAUCGUUUUUCGUUAUUAAAUAUGCAGUGCAAACAUUUUCUUGAUUGUUUAGUCUUUAAGAUGUCAUGUGGAAUAUUUAGAAAUCAUAAUUAUAGAUUUGAAAAUAAAUAAAUAUUCUAAAUUCUUCUUCCCUAAAACCUUCAGCCUACAUUUCCCACAAUGCAACUCGACAAACACCAUAGCCUCAAGCAAUACUUUUUUUCUGCGUCACACGGCUGUAUCGGCGCCUUCCAACCUACAGUUUAACAACAAUUCUUCAUGGCAGAUGUAAACCAGUAUUAACUGUGAAUGUAUUAUUUUCAGGUUUUAUUUUUAAUGAUUAAAUACUUUAAAUUAAAUCCGUUUACCACACCAUGUUCUAUAUGUGAGCUCCCGCGUUUCUCCUCUUAGUAUAUAAUAGUUCGAAUAAUUGUAUACGACGGUUAAUUCUUAAACGGUCUGCCAUUAAACAGUCUGAGGAGGAGCAAUGCAUUCUGGGAUGGUCAAUUAUGUACAGUUAACGUCCAUCUUAAACUAAAAUGUUUUCUAAUAAAGUCAACAUCAGGAAUAUCUCAUAUGUACACACAAUCCACGUUAGAACGCCACACUUAGUAAAAAAAAAAAGUAUUAGUUGCAGUUUUGAACACAGCCACAGAUUUAUUUCAUUUUCAAACGUAAAGCUAGUCCCAAACCACAUUGCAACCUUUUAUUGAACAUACUAGUCCUCUCAAAUACCUGAAAACAGACUUGGAUGUUUAACUCUUGUUGAAUAAUCGGUCAUAACUGGAUUAGUUAAAAAAAUAACGGUUAUUCUUCUGUUAGGCUGAACUGGAUUUGUGAUAGACUUCAGCAAUCUGUGCACGUGAAUGAGAAAUACUGUAGUUUGUUGUAUUGUGUCAGUGGGAGCUGGUUUCCACACAAAUUAUAAACAUUAUAUUGUAUAAUCUUAAUCUUUAAAACCUUCCCCACAUCUGUGUUCGUCCAUCACAACACCAGCAGCCCUGCAACAUAAACUACAUUCCUGUAAAGGUGCAAACUGCAGGAUGCUGUAGUGUUUCAGCUUUCAUUCUGCAGACAGUCGUGCUAGGAAUAACACUUUAUGUAAAAUCACUACAAAGGGUUACGUUUUAAAUCACAUAUCUGCUGGAGACCAUGUUUGUAAUCAGCUGUUAUGCAUCUUGUUUUAGAGCCAUUGAUGAUGUGAAUACAAAUGUAAAUCACUAAGUUGUCCUCCUCCUGCAGGGCUGGAUAGAGACUUAUGUUAAUUAUGCUAGACAGUGCAAAGACAUUGAGACACUUCAGGGUAUUAAAGUCACUUAUUGUAACGUUUACAAAGUUUCACGGUUCAACCAAAUUCUUAGUUAAAUCUGGUUUUAAAUGUUUGUAGCGUCUCUUUACUCGUGUGAUAACUCGCCUCGUUGACUUGCACUUUGAAGACCUUGUUUCAGAUCAUCAAUAAAGGUUUCAGUAAU